AUGUCCCAACUAUUGGCACAGAAGCGUCGUAAACUUGGUGAUGAUGAAGAUACAAGCGACGAUUCGGAAGAUGAGGAGGAAACAGACCACCGUAACAAGGCUGGGUAUAUCAAGAAACUCAUUCUCAAGAACUUCAUGUGCCAUGACCACUUCGAAUUGGACUUUGGCCCUCAAAUGAACUUUAUUAUUGGAAGAAACGGGUCCGGAAAGAGUGCUAUUAUUACUGGUAUCUCUGUUGGUUUGGGGGCAAAGGCAACUGAUACCAGCAGGGGUUCCUCCAUCAAAAGUCUUAUCAAAGAUGGAAAGUCCACGGCACGUAUCAUUGUGGAAAUUGACAAUGAGGGUCUAGAUUCUUUUGAAAAGGGUGUCUAUGGAUCUAAGAUUAUUGUGGAACGUAAGCUUCUGCGUGAAGGCACCAACAACUACUAUAUCCGAAGCGAAAACGGGACGGUAGUCUCCACGAAAAAGAAGACAUUAGAUGAGAUCCUUCAAAAGUUCUUCAUUGUUGUCAAUAAUCCGCUUUCGUUUCUUUCUCAGGAUAAAGCCCGUGAAUUCAUUGCUAGCAGUACAGAACAAUCACGAUUUACCCACUUUAGUGAAGGUACCAAUAUCCAAUCAAUCCUUCUGAACUACCAGGAUGCCUCGAAGAAUAUAAUGAACUUACAACAGAGGCUGAGAGUAGCGAAGGAGUAUUUUGAGGAUGCUUGCCAAAAGUACAAAGAAUGUGAAAGGACUUAUCAUAAGUACAAGCAUUCUCAUAAUCUUCGAGAGCAAUCUGAACGGAUAAAUGGUAAAAUGUACUGGUAUAACGUUGAAGUCAUGGAACGAAGGCUCCGAAAGAAGCAAACUGAGAUUGACAAGUUAUUCGAAGAUGUCGCCCAUCUCAAUAGCCUGGCCGACGAGAAAAAAAGCACCAUCACUGUUCUCGAGGAGAAGAUGAUGAGCCUCAACAAGGAAUAUGGAACGAUCAGUGAGUUGCUUGAAGUUAAACUAGCGGAAGUGGAACGCGCUGAAAUUGAAGCAAGUGAUGCAACGAAACAAACUCAACAUCUUAGAAAUGAUUUGAACACCUAUAAAUUGGAAGUUGAUGAUUUUAACAAGCAGAUCAGGGAUUUUCAGGCGCAAAUUGAUAAAGAACAAAAAAAAAUUGAUGAAAUUAACGGUGGAUCUAAGGAGCAAAUGAAGGAAAAACUCGCUGCGCUUCGUUGUCGCCUGGAAGAGCUUGUCAGCCAAAAAGAUCAGGCUCAGCAGGCGUUAACUGAGGUCGAUGACGAAAGUCCUGAAUUAAUGGGAGUAACCAGAAAACUACAAGACAUAAGGUAUCAGAAGCAAGGUAUCGAGAACCAAAUCCGAAGUAUCGAGAAAACGAAGAACGAUAAGUAUGCUGCAUUUGGAGUAACAAUACAAUCCCUCUUGAGGGCCAUAGAUGAUGAAAGAAAUUGGCAUCAUAAGCCCAUUGGACCCGUUGGCUGUUUCGUGAGUGUCAAGGAAGAAUACAGUCGCUGGGCCGACUUGAUUAACGCCUUCUUACAAAGACCACUUGAUUCCUUCGUUGUUAGCGACGAACAUGACAGAAGACUUUUAGCUGACCUCAUGAAAAGCAGAAGAAUUCACAAAGGCAUUAUCGUGAGAAAGUUCGAAAAGUUUAAUUACUCUACGGUUAGCGUACCUGAUUCCGUCACAGUGUUGGAGACUCUCGAUAUCCAGGUUAAGGAUGUUUUAUAUACCCUCAUUGAUUUGAAUAACAUUGAGGAUAUGAUUAUAUGCGAUACGAUCAGUAAAGCAGAAGAGCUCACUCGUGUCAUGGAAGUUAGAAGCGCAUUUUGCCUUAAUGAUAAAAAGUCCGGUAUUAGGUUGGCCCGUGGGAAAGGAGGCGGCAUUACCAGAGAUCCUGUUUUCUAUUCCAAUGACCUCCGAAAGCUUGCUGGCAAAGCAUCGGACUCGGGCUUACGGACCGAUCUAGAAGACCUACGCCAAGAAGAAUCUCGGUUGCAGCAGGAAAGAAAUAGAAUCAAAAGUGCUUGGAAUCAGAACAAAAUUGCAUUACAACGUGAAUUUAAUGAAAAGCGCCAGCAUUUGAAAGAAAUCCAAAAUCAAAUUUUUUCUACUGAGAGAAUAUUAGCCGAAGAAGGUGAUUUUGGAAGAAUCGAAAGUUUAAAAUCGCAGAUUGCCAACUUCCAGAACCAGAUCAAGACUCGGGAAGGUAUGUUUGUUGAGGUUGCUGAGAAUGGCAGGGAAGCUAAACGCAUCGAGAAGACUAAACGCUCUGAACUUGAAUCGGUCCAAAAUGGCAAAAAAGAGAUCAACGACCAAAUGGUGGUCAUACAACAACAGAUCUCGUCGGUGAAACAAGAAAUUGAUAACGUGAAAGCGGAUAUGGAGGCAAGCAAAUGCAGAGAAGAAGAGUUAAGACAGGACAUUGAAAAUCGUACAACGAAAAGAGCUGAGGACGAAAAGAAGCGUGACGAAUUAUUGUCAGAAGCUCAAUCUCGUUGCACCAAAGAGGAGGCAAACAUUGGUGACAAUGAUACAACUGAAUCUAUCACUACAGAGUAUGUCAACAUCCAACAGGCUAUUGAGGAGGCAGAAAAGAGCAAUAGUAAGACAUUUGAACAAAUACUGGACGAGCUAAUUGAAGCGAGAGGGAAUAAAAACAAAUGUGAGACAAGCUUAACAGAUUUAGAGAAUGCGAGAAUCACUCUUGAGAAUGAUCUCAAUUCGAGGUUUGAGAAUCUCAAUAUUACAAUCAAGGAGAAGCUCACACGAGCCAAACUGUCAUUUGAGCAUUGCCUUGCUUUGAGAGGCUUCAAAGGCAAACUUGAGUUUGACUUUGCCAAGAAGCGUGUCAUCACAGAGGUCCAAACGAAAGAUGAUAAGCAAAGUAGAGCAGUCCAGUCCUUGUCUGGUGGUGAAAAGUCGUUCACUCAAAUUGCAUUCCUUCUUAGUAUAUGGAAAGUUAUGAAGCCAAGAGUGUGUGGAUUGGAUGAGUUUGAUGUGUUCAUGGAUUCUGUGAACCGUACUAUAGCGAUCAGGCUUUUGAUACACGAGCUUCGUUCAUCCAAUGCUCAAUCCAUUUUUAUUACUCCUCAGGAUAUCACAGCGGUUGGGGAUCUUCAAAACAGCGAGGAUGUGAGAAUUCAUCAAGUAAGGCCCCCAAGACAGGAUUAA